AGCAGACUUGAUUGGAUCUAUUCAUAUAGCUAAAGACACCCCAUGGUAUUCACGAGCAUUCUCAUACAUCAAGACCUUAUCAAUCACUACUCCAAUCCGGAGAAGGAUAGCGAAAGACAGGAUCCAACUUAUACCCAACACUCAACACAGCCUUCAAAACAGCCUCCGCAGAAUCUCAAUGAAUCCCAACCCCCCACGCAAUCUUCUCACUCCUCCGCGAAGCCCCCUUAAUUAAACACGCAGUCGGCCUCUCAUUAACCCAUCUAGUAUCGUGAACUACCUGCAUCUCAAACUAAAGCAACUCAAAAUAAAAAUCAACACCAGACUUCUGCUCUAUAGCCAGCAAGAUCUUCUCCAACACCACCCUCCCAUCCCCGGUAACACCGUGCUUAAAGCCCAAAUCGUG